AUGUACGCCAAAGGUAAAGGAGCCGUGGUCCCUUCCGACAGCCAAGCACGAGAAAAGUUAGCUUUAUACGUGUAUGAGUAUUUGCUGCAUGUCGGCGCACAGAAAUCAGCACAGACCUUCCUCUCGGAGAUCCGAUGGGAGAAGAACAUCACACUCGGGGAACCUCCGGGAUUUUUACACUCGUGGUGGUGCGUAUUCUGGGAUCUGUACUGCGCCGCCCCGGACCGGAGGGAGACAUGCGAACAUUCCAGCGAGGCCAAGGCCUUCCACGAUUAUAGCGCGGCCGCCGCCCCCAGUCCAGUGAUGGGCAACAUGCCGCCCAACGACGGCAUGCCAGGGGGACCCAUGCCCCCGGGAUUCUUUCAAGGUCCCCCAGGAUCUCAGCCCUCCCCUCAUACGCAGCCUCCUCCACACAACCCCAGCAAUCCCAUGAUGGGCCCUCACGGACAGCCCUUCAUGUCGCCGCGGUACCCCGGUGGUCCAAGACCCGCACUCCGCAUGCCAAACCAGCCACCCGGGAGCAUCCCCGGAUCACAACCUCUCCUGCCAAACAGCCUGGACCCAACCAGACCUCAAGGACAUCCAAACAUGGGUGGUCCAAUGAGAAUGAAUCCCCCACGAGGAAUGGGAGGCAUGGGCCCACAGAAUUAUGGUGGAGGGAUGAGACCUCCUCCAAACUCAAUGGGGCCAGGGAUGCCCGGCAUGAACAUGGGUCCUGGCGGAAGAGGUCCAUGGCCUAACCCCAACAACAACUCGAUAGCUUAUUCGUCUUCAUCUCCGGGCAACUACGUGGGGCCCCCAGGGGGAGGAGGCCCACCAGGAACUCCCAUCAUGCCAAGUCCUGGAGAUUCAACAAACUCGAGUGAAAACAUCUACACAAUGAUGAACCCCAUCGGCCCUGGUGGAAACAGACCUAACUUCCCGAUGGGACCGGGGCCCGAUGGGCCCAUGGGUGGAAUGGGCGCCAUGGAACAGCAUCAUAUGAACGGCUCGCUAGGCUCUGGUGACAUGGACGGGUUGCCAAAGAAUUCUCCCAACAACAUGGCAGGCAUGAACAAUCCCCCUGGCACUCCGCGGGACGACGGCGAGAUGGCAGGCAACUUUUUAAACCCAUUCCAAAGUGAAAGUUAUUCACCCAACAUGACGAUGAGUGUGUGA